CCAGUGACGUCACUUCCGGAAAUUGUGCAAUCUCCCCGGUUUUGCCGGGCUACGCGCGGAGCCGUGGAGAUCACGUUGUUUCCCAGACGCUGCCACAAUCUGGUGCGAUUCUCUCCAAAAUACGCCACAUUUUGAACUGGUUCGAAUCCCACGGGUAGAGGACCAUGCCUAGAAAAAAGCAGAACCUUGACAUAGCCGAGGACGGGCUGAACAACGACCAAAAAGACGAUGAUAUUCCGGAGAAACGGAAAGGUGGGAGGGCGAAGCAGAAAGGCAAGUCCAAAAUGAACGAAGACGAUUCCGUUCCGGAUCGGGCCGACGUAGAGUCCGGAAAGGGUAAAGGGAACAAAGGCAAGAAAGGACGAGAUAGACGCCCCAGUCCGUCAGACUCGACAGCCACUCAGGAGUCGGAGUCGUCCGGUAAGGGCGGGAAGAAGGGGCGCGGGAAGAAGGGCCGUAACCGCAGCCCCAGUCCUGGACUGGAGGAGGAGAUAAACCAGCUGAGGAUAGACCAGGGGAUGGAGCAGGGGGAGGACCAGUCUGCACAGCCCACAAAAAAGAAAAAGAAUCGUGGAAAGAAGAAGGGACGAGGGAAGGACAGUGACAGCGAUGAUGAUGACAUGCCCCUGAACAAGUUCUCAUCCCUGGGAGUGAGUGAUGAAGAAGAAGAGGAAGAGGAGGAUGACGACCAACCAACAGCCACAUCAGGGUCUGCUUUCUCUGCUCUUAUGGUCGAGGAUUCUCCAGAAGAGGAAGAAGAAGAAGAAGAAGAAAAAGAGGAAGAAAUUGUUAAAGAAGAGCCCAAGAAGAAAGAGGAAAAGAAGGAGGAAAAGAAGGAGGAAAAGGAGGAAAAGAAGGAGGAAAAGAAGGAGGAUGAGUCUACAGGAGGUGGUGACACCACACAGGAAACACAAAACAACCCUGCCCCUGCUGAACCUGAGGUGGAGAAAAAAGCAGGGAAAAAAGACAAGAAAGACAAGAAGAAGAAGAAAAAAGACAAGUUCUCUUGGUUAGACGAGGAGGGAGGAACAGAUUUCCUAGACACGCCUGCUGAAGAGAAAACAGAAGAAAAGAAAGACACUAAGAAGAAAGGAAAGACAGAAAGCCCUCCCCCAGAAGAGGAGGAGGAGGAGGAGGUGUAUGAUAUGAUGGGGGAGGAGGGUCUACAGCAGGAAGUGGAAGAAGAGAAACAAGAAGACCUCUCGAAGAUGAGCAGAAAAGAUCGGAAAAAGUUGAUGAAAAAACAACAAUUUGACAAGAAAUAUGAGGAGAUGUUAGAGCGUGAGUCAGCUGACCUGGGCCAGUUCACUCUGUCACAACAACAAACCACUGCCAAGGGAGCUAUACUGGAAAACGUACAAGAUAUCAAGAUUGAUAACUUCUCCAUCUCAGCCAAGGGGAAGGUCCUUUUUGAGAACGCUCAGCUGCACAUCACAGCAGGCAGGAGAUACGGACUGGUCGGACCUAACGGCCAUGGAAAGACAACAGUACUGAGACAUAUCUCCACGCGAGCGCUGGCCAUCCCGCCAAACAUCGACGUGCUGUACUGUGAACAGGAGGUGGUCGCUGAUGAAACCUCCGCCGUAGAUGCCGUGCUCAAGUCUGACACCAAGAGACUGGAAUUACUGGAACUGGAAAAGACACUAUUAGCCCAGAAUGAAGCAGGAAAGGAAGUCAGUGAGCAAUUGAAAAAGUUAUAUGAUGACCUGAAAGCUAUAGGAGCAGACUCAGCUGAAGCUAGAGCAAGAAGGAUCCUCUCUGGUCUUGGCUUUACUAAAGAGAUGCAGGGCAGGGCCACCAAGAACUUCUCGGGAGGCUGGAGAAUGCGUGUGUCUCUGGCCAGGGCCCUGUUCCUGGAGCCAACACUCCUGUUACUGGACGAACCUACCAACCAUCUCGACCUCAACGCUGUCAUCUGGCUGGACAACUAUCUACAGCGAUGGAAGAAGACACUACUGGUGGUUUCCCACGACCAGAGUUUCCUGGACAAUGUGUGCACAGACAUCAUUCAUCUGGAUAUGUGCAAGCUGUUCUACUAUAGAGGGAACUACACUCAAUUCAAGAAAAUGUACAAGCAGAAGGCAAAGGAACUGCUGAAAGAGUAUGAAAAACAGGAAAAGAAAAUCCGGGAGUUGAAAGCUUCAGGCAAAAGCAAAGUACAAGCCGAAAAGAAGCAGAAGGAGAUCCUGACCCGUAAGCAGGCUAAAGGCAAGCGGAGGACAGAUGAGUUGGAGGACUCGGCGUCCAGUCAGACUGAGCUGCUGAGGAGACCUAAGGAGUACAAAGUCAAGUUCACCUUCCCCAGUCCGCCGGAGCUCAGUCCACCCAUCCUGGGACUCCACUCCGUCACAUUUGGUUAUGAGAAUCAGCCCUUGUUGUUCAAGGAUGUGGACUUUGGUAUUGACAUGACCUCUAGAGUGUCUAUAGUUGGCCCAAAUGGAGUGGGAAAAAGUACCUUCCUCAAACUGCUGGCAGGACAAAUACCACCACUGCAGGGAGAGCAGAGGAAAAAUCACAGACUGAAAGUAGGGUUCUACAACCAGCAUUCAGCAGACCAGCUGGAGGUAGACAUCAGCCCUACAGACUACCUACAGAAACACUUCAACCUGCAGUAUCAGGACGCCAGGAAAACUCUGGGCAGGUUUGGACUGGUCAGCUAUGCCCACACCAUCCCUAUACGAGAUCUCUCAGGUGGGCAGAAGUCCAGAGUGGUGUUUGCAGAACUUUCCUGCCGGGCUCCAGAUGUCAUCAUCCUGGAUGAACCUACCAACAACCUGGACAUCGAGUCCAUUGAUGCGCUGGCUGAUGCCAUCAAUGAAUAUGAAGGAGGUGUUAUUAUAGUGAGUCACGACGAGCGACUGAUCAGAGAAACAGAGUGCACCCUGUGGGUGGUGGAGGACAAGACCAUCAACCAGAUCGAGGGAGACUUUGAUGACUACAGAACGGAGAUCCUGGAAACUCUCGGAGAGGAGAUUGCACAUGCAGAACAGAUGUAGAUAGGAUGGCUCUUAAUCACUCACAGUUAAACUUAGCCUCCACCAGGCCUUCAUAUGGGCUCUUGAAUCUGCUUAACAGGGGUAGACAGGAUGGCUCUUAAACACUCACAGUUAAAUGUUGCCUCCACCAGGCCUUCCUACGGGGGUAAGGAUAAUAGAAUUUUGCAAAAAAGGGAGAUAAUUGGCCAAGAGAGUCAGUUUGUGGGAAGAUCCAAUGAACUCUAGUGACCAAACUCCCCUGGAAUUAUUCCCCCUAUUUGGCUAUGUUUUAGUUUUGAACCCGUGGUCUGGUGGAGAGUAAGUUGAACUGACAUUUGCAUCACAGCACAGAAACACUCCUCCCCCUUAUGGCUUCAUAGAUAUACAUGUAUAAGUACCUGAAAGAAGCAACAGAUGCCACUUUCAGUAAUAGCAGCUCAUUCGAAGUCUUCUAGCAUGUUUUAACAUGGAAUACUGCAUACUGGUAUAUAUGCCUUCCUACUGGUAUAUAUGCCUUCCCAUACCUUUGGCAGAAGCUUGAGUUAAACUCAGUAGCCAUGCAGGACUGUGGGUUUGGAAGCCUGCCUUGUAUGGUUCAGAUGUACAUUUGUUUGUAUUAUUUCUUCAAGUAAGUCAGAUAAACCAAAUAUGGAAACACCUACAUGUAGUAAUGGAUACACAUACACUUAGUAAGCAAUAACUUAACUACCAGUAAUAUGACAUAGCAAGCAGUUGUAGUCUCCAAUAGACAGGGUCAAAUGAAAAGUGAAAAGAAGCCAAAUCCGCAAAUAUGGUGAUAUGCCAGAAGCCAAAGUGAUUUGUUAGAUGAUACUGUUUUCUGGCGUAUUUAUGGCACAUUUCAAAAACAUGUGUACAUGUAUUUAUACAGCCACAAGGUUGUGAAACUUAGCUGAAGAUAUUCCUUUUAGAUCAAGUGCAACAGCGAUAAAAAAAUACAUGUAGGCAUAAGGUGUUGUUGUUACAAAGCUGUGUAAAACAAAAGAAUGACAAAAAUGUUCAAAAAUAAAGUUUAAUUGACAAAUGCUGCACUUUCCAUUGAAGUAAACACGCACGAAACACAAAUCCAAUGGUCAGUGGUUAGAAACUUUAUUUUAUGUCACAUAUAGCGUCAUAUAAUUUCUGCAGUACUGGAUUUAUUAUCUAAAUACAUUUUAUUUUCUUUUGUCAGAUAGCAUCAGAUACAUAUAAGCUAUUUGGUAACAAAAGCUAAGCGCUCACUGCUAUGACUUUUGUUAAUGAAAUGACUAUUAGCAAAUUUGUAAAGAGUUUCCCUGUAGCUGAUGUUCAGUCCUCGCUGCUAUCCGUGUCUCCCCCCUCUCCCAGAACUGUUGCAGUCAGUGAACGCAGGUCCUCAACUACAGAGCUCAAAGGUUCUG